GAGUGAAGAUUUAAAGGCGCUUCACAAUAUAAAUUAUAAAAGUCAAUAUUGAUUGGCUCUCUAUUAAUUUGUAGUAAUCAAUCAGGAUAUUUAUUUGAAAAUUUAUUUCCGUAAUUAUAUUGAAGCCUUAAAAACUAAAGUCUUGAUCAAAACGUGCAUGUGUAGUGUGUCUCUGUGCAUAAUUAAUUUUCUCAACACAUAAAGAAUCAUGAAAUACGCAUCGUGCGUGCCUUGAUGUCUGCGUUUAAUAUAAAACAAAAUAAAAUACAAAAAAUAACAUUGGAUUUAUCACUUAGAUCCUGGUGAAUAAAUUAUUUUACGCCGUAGAACGCCAUACUGGUUUGCAUGCUGUCGUCUCAUUAGAUUAUUAUUAUAAAUAAAACAAAUCUAUAAAAUAAUGUUUGUGAUCAUUCGAUGGAUAAGAUAAAUGUAUACUAACGGAAAAUACAUAUAAUAAGUAAUUCUUGCAAUUGUUGUUGAAACGUGUUGAAGUCGUAGACGUUUAGCUUUCCAACAAUUUUCGAAUAAAAAAUUGUGUUCAUCAGCUUAAAUAGCCUUAAUCAAAUAGUAAAAAUAAAACAAAACAAAAGUAGAACAAGACGAAUAAAAUAAGAAAAAAAAAUAUAGAUAUAUCACAAUAAAUCAUGGAGAAAAGUAGUAAGACAAAUGUAUGUGCUGAUGAUACUGAUGACAAUAAACAAGCUGAGACUUCGACAAAUUCAGACGUAGAAGACAAUGAUUCUGAAGAACACUAUGGCUGUGAUCAUUAUAAAAGAAAAUCAAAAUUUGUGACACCGUGCUGCAAUAAAGUUUACACCUGUCGUUUUUGUCACGAUGAACAAGAGGCACAUACGGUUAAUCGUAAAGAAGUUACGGAAUUAAUAUGCGUACUAUGUGACACUCGUCAACCUGUACAAGCCACGUGUCAGAAUUGCCAUUGUAGAUUUGGCAAGUACACGUGUUUAGAAUGUAAUCUAUUCGAUGAUGAAGAUAAGAAUCAAUAUCAUUGUGAUGGAUGUGGUAUUUGCAGAGUUGGAGGAAGAGAUAGAUUUUUUCACUGCGCCAAAUGUAAUAUGUGUUUACCUGUACAAUUACAAAAUGGACAUAAGUGCGUAGAAAAUGUUUCACAUGCCAAUUGUCCUGUAUGCUUAGAAGAUAUUCAUACGAGUCGUAUACCUUGUCAUAUUCCUGAUUGCGGGCAUUUACUCCACCGUACCUGCUUUGAGGAGCUUUUACACUCCGGGCAUUAUGCUUGUCCUACUUGUCAAGUUUCUCUUCUUGAUAUGACAGAUCUCUGGAGAUUUUUGGAUGUUGAAGUGUCACUUACUCCAAUGCCACCAGAGUAUAAAGAUUAUAAAGCGGAAAUUUUAUGUAAAGACUGUCACGAAGAAUCAACUGUCAAGUUUCAUGUUGUUGGAUUAAAGUGUCUCAACUGUGGGAGCUAUAACACAUGUAGAAUCAAAGGAUCACCGUGUCCAGAUCCCGAUAACAUUGAUGGAGCUAGUGGAAGCGGUACUGGUGAUGGUGAUCAAGAACAACCUACCGAUAAUGGAUCUCAAUAAAACAUUCCAAGCUCAAUGAUUUUAUUAUUAAAAUUGCUUAAUGUAAAAUCAUAUAAGCUUACAUAGUAGAUAACUGAACUAAAUAAUUUAGAGAUUUUUUUCCCGUUAAUUAUUUUAAAUUUAAACGGUGAAACUUAGCUAAUUUUGUGAAUACUUUUUAUCAUUUUACAAAUGUUUAUUAAUAUAUUUAAUAAUAUUAUUUUAGGAAAAUGUUUGAGCAAACAACAACCAAACAAUGCUAUUUUCAAUUUAAUAUUCUGUUGACGCUAUAAUCAUUGUUUUCGCAUAUUAUUAACUAUUAUAAUACGAGUUUAAAGUUUUCAAUAGAUUUGCUAAUGAAUAGCAAAAAAGAUCAAAGUAUUUAUAAAAAGCUGCAUUUAUAAUCAUUGGUUUUU